CUUUCUUCUCAUAUCUCAUCACAAAAUUUGCUACCCAUCACCGCCUUAAACCCCCCUGCUUUUGGUGUUCCACCAUUCAUCAUCUCUUAGACCCAUAUCCAGAUCUCAUUUGUGAAUCACAUGCAACUGAGAUUUUCAAUCUUUACUGCUGUCUUGGUCUAAAGGUGACAACUGAGCCUCUAUGCAGAAAUGGAAGCUGUUCAUGUUGCUUUCAGGUGAAUAAUGUGGAUGGAUCAUCUGAUGGCACUCGUCCCUCAACGUACAAAUCAAUUUAUAGGAAAAAUGAAAUGGUACAAGCCAUGGAUCUUCCUGUUGAGAAUAAGAGUAGUGGACACAUUCAAGUUUUUGACCAGAUUAUCCCUCUUGAGUGGACCGAUUCAUCAACCAGUUGUAGCACAACUUCAGCUGGUUCAAAUGGACAUGAAAGCAUGGUGUGUAAGCAUGAAGAUCAAGUCCAAGAACAAGAUGGCAGAUUCUUGAAAUCAUCAGAUUGCCAAGAUGAAGGAGAUAAAGCUGGUAUCUCCAUUGAUAGUUUAAUGGCAGAACUAAAAGCUGAAAGACUUGCUGUAUAUGGUUUAUACAUACAACUAGAUGAAGAAAGGAACGUGUCCGCCAUAGCUGCAAAACAAGCAAUGGCUACCAUAACCAGGCUUGAAGAAGAAAAGGUUGCAGUGCAGAUUGAAUCCAAGCACAAUCAAAGAAUGAUGAACGAACAAGCCGAGUAUGAUCAGGAGGUUGUGCAGCUCUUAAACGAACUCGUUAUGAAGCUAGAGAAUGAGAAAGUGGAGCUCGAGAAUGAGGUUGAAAUGUACAAAGAGAAACUCUUGGAUAAUUCAAGCAGCAGUAGCAAGGAGUCUUCAAGGACAGUUGAAGAAUCUAUAUGGAUUCUAGAUGAGCUAAAGGAUUGUAUCAGAAAAGCAAGUUUAGAUGAGAGUUAUAAGGGAAAUAGACUGUUUCAUCUGUUUGAUCAUGAGGGUAUGAAUCUGAAUGAACAAGAUGAUGAGGCAUCUCAUUCUGCUUGGAGACAAACCUCACUUUAGAAAGGAUUCAGAAAAUGUAAACACUUUAAUUAGAAUCAAGUUAAUUACUAGUUUGGUG